CUCUCCGCCAACACAACACAGGUCAAGGCUACCACCUCAGGCCAAGGGCGGCAAUCGUCACAGCGUUGCUCUGUUUAUCUCCCUUGCGCAAGGUCAGCGAGCCGGCUUCGCAGUUACAUACGUUGACGAUUUGCUUGAAUCACGAGAAGAGAGAAUGAGUCGAGUGGAGAUUCCAUCAGAAAACCAGUUGGGUCCAUUGCCAACUGUGCUGUUCGGUGAUCCAGCAGUGACCAAAAAGGGAGUAGUGGUAGUGCAGGAGUGGUGGGGUAUGAACCAGCAGAUACAAGAUGAGGCCAAGCAGAUCUCAGAGGAGGGUUCUUUUGUCACCAUAGUGCCAGACCUAUACCGUGGAAAGGUUGCUACAGACAAUGAAGAAGCAGGACACCUCAUGGGCAACUUAGACUGGUCAGGUGCAGUCAAAGAUAUUGCUGCAUGUGCCAGGUUCUUGAAAGAAAAGGGCUGCAGCAAGGUGGGUGUGACAGGCUUCUGCAUGGGGGGUGCCCUCAGUUUUGCUGCUGCAGCUCUUGUGCCUGAAGUGGAUGCUGCAGCACCAUUUUAUGGUAUUCCAAGUCCGGACCUCUGUGACGUGAGCACCAUUAAAAUCCCACUACAGUGUCACUUUGGUGACCAAGACCAGGCAGUUGGUUUCUCAGAUCCCACAGCCCAGAAAGCUCUAAAGAAAAAGCUGGCAAAAGUAAAGCAUGAGUUCUAUGUGUACCAUGCGGCCCAUGCCUUCACCAAUCGCACUUCUCCCAACUAUAAUGAGGCAGCGUGCAAGCUCAGCUUUGAGCGCAUGUAUCAGUUUUUCAAGUCCAACCUGUGAAGUUUGUGAAAAUGUCAACAUUUCAAUUCUUGGCACAUCACAUUUUCAAGACUUUAUACAGCAAAAUGUUGUCAGAUUAUCCUAAAGAUUGUGUAUGAAAUGUUUUGGACUAAAAUGCCUUAUUCUGGUUCUUGCUAUGUAGCAGCAUAUGUUCUGGAAGUCAUUGUUCGCCACCUGAUUUUCAGAAUGCUUAAAAAAAUGCCUCUUGGUGAUUAUGCUAUCUUGCAUAAUUUUAUUUUGAAAAAUCUGUAUGCUAAUUAUGAGUUAUUUUAUCCUUCCUUAAUCAGUGUGAACUUGUGUUCAAAGUCAGUAUUGUUUCUAUGGUAAGCAGUUUGUCUUUUGAGAGAUACCAUAAUAUACCAGUUCACCAACCUGAGCAAACAUCUUUUAGCGCAAAAGCAGCCAUCAAAUAUUGACAUUCACAGUCAAGACCCUUAAUAUUGAGGCUGUAUAUCCAUUGUCCAAGAACAUCACAGAAAUUGAUUAUGUAGCUGUUGCCGGCUUAGUAAGCCAUUUGAAAUCAAUUCCUGCAUAGUUUGACUUUAUUGAGUAGCGUGGAAUGAAUCACGUAGAAAAACUGAAAGCAUUUAAUUGUAAUUGGGACGAAAACAAACCAGCUUAGUUGUGUGUUACAGGAAAUGUAUUGAUGCUUACUGACAUGCAUAAGCUGGCUGCAGCUUAGAAACAAACCACACGCAAAAUAUUUUUACAUAGUGAAAAUAAUAAACAGUUCAUUUAUAUAGAAAUUUAAAUCUUGAUCCAUUUUUUUCAGUUACAAAUUGUAAAAUUUGCAGGUACAGUCUUCUGUUUCAGUGUUUGAUUUGCAAAUAAUAAAAGUACCUGAAAUUUUCA